CGAGCGACCAAAAUAGAAGAAGGCAGUCCUAGUCACUUCCGGCGCACGGAGUUCCCGCUUUGCCGUCGCCGGUUCCCCUAGUCCGGCCGUCCUUACUGUGGAACGGAAUCUACCGCCUAUCCCUAGCCAUCCGAACCUACUCAGCCAAAAUAGAAUUCCAGGUUUUUGGGGAAGAUGCCGAAAGGAUCUAAAAAGCGUGCCAGAGUAGAGUCGGAACCACCCUACCAGCUCGAUUCACUUCCAUGGAACUCUUCUCUCCCUGAGAACGACGGUUCCCUCGACCUUCUCUUAGGUUCCAAUGAACUCGGAGGAGGGUUUUUAUCACUGGAAGAGAUUGACGAAGUAAAUUAUGAAUUGGAGAUUCAAAAGUUGAGUGGAGGAAAUGAGAAGCUUAAGACGCAAGCAAAAAAGCAGAAAAUAGAUGAAUGUCACGAUGAUUCAAAGGCCGUAGGCCGAAAAGAUGAAGAGGAAAGCAAUCAGAACAGGAAGAAAAAAAGUAAGAAGAACAAAGAUAAUCUGCCGAGCAAAGCAAAAGAAAAUAAAGGAUUGAUGGCUGGUUAGUGUUGCUAAUUAUGAGCUUUGAUUCUUCUGUUAAUGAGUUUUAUUGACUGACGGUGUCAACAUUUAUGGUGUAUUGCAUCAAAUAUCAGUUGUUUAUAUUUUUACUUUUAAUAAACGUGGAGGCUUUAU